CGAUGAAAGCCGUAAAGGCGCUAACUUUAAUCACGUAGGCAUGAAUUGGUCAUUCGCCUGUGAGUUAUGGGCGGACAUGAACAAACCCCAGCAUCCUUGAACCGCGGGACGGCGUGAGGGCCUUCAUCCUGCCUUUUUCUCCUUUCCAUAGUACGGCUGCUCAGUGUCUCAUCUGCUGCUCGCUGGCCAGACGGCUACUGUACUCUCUCUUUGUCUUACCAUGGUGGUGGCUUCUUCCUCCAAUUUCCUGUGAUUGACUCUUCUUUGUGGUUUAAAGUUUUAAACAGCUGAGCAACUCUCAAACCGUCAUGGGGUCGGAACACCACCUCGCCGAACCCAAGAGGAUGGAGAUGGAUGAACACAUACAAGGCAUCCUGUGGACGGAAAAAGAAAUUGCAGACAGAGUUGCAGAAUUGGGUUCUGAUAUUUCCAAGGAUUUUCAGGACUGCUCACCUCCAUUAGUUAUCAUUGGGGUUGCAACAGGAGCAUUUUUGUUUUUAGCCGACAUAGUGCGAAAGAUAACUUUGCCUGUUAUGGUUGAUUUUAUCAAAGUGUCUUCUUAUGGCUCUGGGAUGGAGUCAAAUGGUUCCCCUCAAAUCUGUAAUGAUGUCAAAAUUGACAUUAAGGAUAAGCAUGUUAUAGUGAUUGAAGAUAUUGUUGACACUGGGCAUACUUUAUCAUGUCUUAUUUCACAUUUGGAAGAGAAAGGUGCUUCUUCAGUCUCAGUCUGCACUUUGCUCGACAAGCCAGCAAGACGAACAGUUGUUAUGAAAAUUCAUCGAGGGAAAUUUUAUAGGGGCUUUGAGUGCCCUGAUAAUUUCGUUGUGGGUUAUGGUAUGGAUUAUGCGGAACUCUACAGGAAUUUGCCUUAUAUUGGGAUCUUAAAGCCUGAAAUAUAUGAAUGAUGCCAUUUGAAGCACGGGCAGUUUAACACUUUUGUACUGAUUAGCAUAAAAAAAUAUCUACAUUCUAUUAUGUUGUAUUGCCCAAAUAAAUUCAUUCAUAAUCACUACCAGGCUAAGCCUUGGAAGUAUUUUUUUUUUUUUUCUUUCUAAUGGUUGGUGAAAUUUCUUAAACUUAAAAGUUAAUUCAAGUUUCUGAUGCUUCAGCCUGGUUCCCUUUCCUUUAUGGUAAUCUGAAAGGGAGCAAAAAUGGUUCUGUAUGCUUCAGAGAAGGACCGAGCUCUCGACUUUGCUUUUUCUUUAUACAAACAUAAUUUUACUCA